AUGGUUAAAGACACUGGCAGAAGUGGUCCAAUCGCACAGCCAGUGGCACUCGUACAUCAAAGAAUUCAAUGCGCAACUGAAUGUACUGCACCGGGCCGCCUCAUGUUUCAGUCUGGUGCAGCACAUUCAGCUGCCUGGAAACAUCACAAACGAGAGAUUCAGCUGGGUUCCAGUAUAGCUCAAUGGAUCGCUGAGGUGCGCAAACCGUCACACCACGGUAAGAUCCAGUCUCUUCGUCUCUUCAAGUAA